AUGGCAAUUCAUUACCUGAUCCUGUUGUCGCGGCAGGGCAAAGUGCGCCUUGCCAAAUGGUUUACGACUCUCUCACCCAAGGAGAAGGCCAAGAUUAUCAAAGAUGUGACCCAGCUCGUUUUGUCCCGUCGGACCCGGAUGUGCAAUUUCCUUGAGUACAAAGACACGAAGGUCGUCUACCGCCGUUAUGCCUCCCUCUUCUUCAUCGCCGGAUGCGCUUCUACCGAUAACGAACUGAUUACCCUCGAAAUCGUGCAUCGAUAUGUUGAGCAGAUGGACAAGUAUUACGGCAACGUUUGCGAGCUCGACAUCAUAUUCAACUUCCAAAAGGCAUACUUCAUCCUCGAUGAGCUUCUGCUUGCGGGCGAGAUGCAGGAGAGCAGCAAGAAGAAUGUGCUCAGAUGUAUCAGUCAACAGGAUAGUCUGGAAGAUAUGGAGUAUCUUCCUCUCCCCGAGCUUGAAGACGUCGCGAAUUCACUUACCUUCGAUACGGAUGAUUGUCACAUCGUGGGUGGAUGCGACCUGUAUACGACAAAGGCUGCUCGCGCCGACCGGAAAUUGUACAAGAACAUCGAACAAUCACUCGAAGCCCAAUAUGAAUCAGUCCUCCGUCUGUCUGCUUCGCUUUCACCUCCCAAUGCAUCCGACGCGGCUGCUUCACUCAAUUUGUCGCGGUCGAGUCCUUUUGGCCCCCUGAGCGAUCACUCCAGUCGCCGGACUUUUGCCUACCUGAUUGCAACACUCAAUGCAAGCCAUCCUGACUAUGACUUUUCCCACGUUUUGCGCCCUUCGGAUUUUCAUCGCGAGAGAAGCCUAAAGAGGGUCAUGAAUACGGUGGACUCAACUUUGUUUAACCUGCGACCUCGCGAGUCGAUUGACAUGUCGCCCCCGUCUCCCGUGACGAUAUCUGGAUCAUACAAUAGCGGAGCGUCUGCUCUUUGGGGCCCGAGAAUGUGGAGAAUAAUUGACGAACAUAUGUCACUGAAGGAGUGCUCAUACUAUUCGUACUCGCCUGAAGAAGACCCAUCGGAUGCAGAUGACGGUGCGAUCUGGAGUUUGCACUACUUCUUCUUCAAUCGCCUUCGGAAACGUGUCUGCUACCUCUACAUUCGAGCGAUCCCCAUUCUCAGUCACACACCCGAAGAGGGCGACGGACUCCCCACCACACCCACCGGCAAGCGAACGUUUAAUGAGGGAUACAUGACGCCUGAUCUGGGUUCAAGCAAGCGAGCCCGUUACUGGCUCGGAGAUCGCGCGAACCUCGAGAGCGAGAGUGAGGAGGAGGCUUCAUCCCCGCCAACGCGCCCUGUUGUUGACGAAUACGACAAUUACUUGCUCAGCGACGAGGAGUUCCGAUCGAGAUCAGGUAGUAAGGGAACAGUUCGCGCCAUGAGCGAGGAGAUUGCCGACCAAAUGGAAGUCUAA